AUGGUUGAACGCUGCCACGGGCUGAUGGCUGGGACAGCGUAUGCCGUGGGGCCGCUAGCGACUGUGCUGUUCUGUCUCCUGGUUGUGAUGCCCCCGCGGUGUGCAGGCCGGGCCGGACCGCUGCGGUGGGACUCGGCCUGCGUGGGGAGCCGGGGUGCGCGAAACCCGAGAGGGCAGGGAGUGCGGAGCACUUCUGCGGUGUCGGAGCAGCGUUCGGUGUCUGGAAUAGUGCCCAAGCCCCGAAAUGCAAGGAUAAAUUCAGUAAAUUUUCGGAGCGUUUUACUAUGGGAUCCACCUACGGUUCACAAAGGCAAUCUAAGUUACACUGUCCAGUUCAAAAGCAGUUUCCCUAAGCAGGACUUUACUAAUGUGACAACCAACCUGAAUGUCACGGAGUGCGACGUCUCUUCUCUGUCUGUUUAUGGAACCUAUGUGCUACGGGUCAGGGCAGAGUGGAAGGAUGAGCACUCGGACUGGGCGGUUGUCAGGUUUAAGCCAAUGGCUGACACGGUCAUUGGGCCACCCAGUGUGAAUGUGAAGUCUGAGUCAGGGACUUUGCACGUGGACUUCACAGGCCCAGCUGCUGACCAUGCGCAUGACAAGUGGUCUCUUAAGCAAUAUUACGGCUCAUGGAAUUACCGAAUACUGUACUGGAAGAAAGGCGGCAAUAAAAAGGUAAUUCACAUAGAUACUAACCAUAACUCUGAAAUAUUAUCUCAGUUGGAGCCGUGGACGACAUACUGUAUUCAAGUGCAAGGGGUUAUUCCUGAGUGGAACAAAACAGGAGAACUGAGUGAAGAGCUUUGUGAGCAGACCACCCAUAAUGGUGUAACUCCUGUGUGGAUAGUUGUGAUUGUUCUUCUAGGAUCAAUGCUGGCUGUUAUAAUAUCUGUUCCUAUUUGUUUCAUUUCCUUUUGGUAUCUGUACCGACUCACCAAGCAUGUUUUCUGCCCUUCAUAUAUUUUCCCACAACACUUGAAAGAGUUUUUGAGCAAACCUCCUAGUGGUUCGCAGUUUAUUUCUCCAGUUCCACAAGAAGAGCAUCAUUUUCAUGAUUGGCUCACUGUCAUUUCAGAAGAACCUAAAAGUCAAAGUGAUGAGACUGUGGAAGAGGCCAGCGAAACAACAGAGUACCAUCAGGACUCCAAACAAGAAGUUUCUGAUUCAGAAAUACUAUCACCUUUGGAAAGGAACUAAACACUCCUCACACUUCAGUCAGGUUGAAAGAAAAACAAAGGUUGUUAAGUUUCUCUUAUUGCUGCAUUCUUAGGGAAAUUCAUACUUGAAACUCUGACCACAGACUUCUGACAUUGUUUUUUAAAGUCCAAGACAAUUGCUGAUGGCUGUGAAAGUAAAUGAAACCUAUUUUUUUGCCACUGUUUUUAGUGGCUCGCUGGGAAGUUGUAGCAAUACUCUGGCUAUACUAUGCCAUUAAUUUAAAAAGCAAAUAUCAGAAAUAUGAUACUAGCUAAUUUAACUUGGAUGAACUAUUUAUUGCGACAGCUAGUCACAAUGGUGUGCUGUAUAAGGUUUUUACGGCAAGAUUACAUUUUGCAAAGGAAGAGCCAACCAGACUUAUUUUUAUAAUGAGAAAGUGUGUAUAUUUAAGAUACCCAUAACAAUGUAAUCUUUUUAUUGUUUUUGUUCUUUUUUUUAAUCUGAUGCAGAACCUUGGAGUUAUUCACAGUGAGUAAUGUACCAUCAUAAUAAACCAAACAUUAAUAGUGUGA